UUUCUUUCUUUCUUUCUUUCUACAUAUAUUAUCUAUGACAGCAACAGUACCUAAGAAUGAUAACGUACAUAAAGGUAUUAUCUCAAAUGAUAGUAAAUCUGCUUCAUCUUAUUUUAUGACCUUUGACUUUGAGCAUCUUCCUACUGAAAAACUAUUAAUCAAUGAAAAUCAGUCAAAAGAUAAUGGUAAUUCUAUUUUUCAACUACAACAACCACAACAACCACAAUCGUUAUCUGAAAAAGAUAAAGACCAAACAAUGUAUACAGUAUCGUCUACUGUUCAAAAGCCAGAUGAUGUUGCAACUAUACAGUCUUCCUUAUCUACAUCAGACUUAAAAAUGCAUAGAAAUUCAUCAUCUUAUCUUUCUAAUAGUAGUUCCACUUCACUUACUGUUUCUUCUCCUAUUGCAAACAGUAAUUCAACACCAAUAAAUACUACUCAUUUGCAAUAUUCACCUUCUAUUCAAUAUAAUAAUAAUAAUAAUAAUAGAAAAAAUCAGUCUUUUUUUCCUGAUAUGAACCAUAAAGGUCAUCGAAAUACAAAUAGUAUUCAUUCAUCUGUAGCAUUCCAAACUGCACAGCAGCAACAAUUAUCAAGAAAUUAUUCCUUUGUUCAAAAUGUAAAUAUGACUAGACAACCAUCCACUGCUUAUUAUCCUGAAAGAUCCCUAUCUCAAUAUAGACCCCAAAGCUCUGCAUAUUCUUUGUUGCCACCGCCACCGCCACCGCCACCAGCACCAGCACCAGCGCCAGCACCACCACCACCACAGUCUACGAUAUCAUCCCAACCAUAUAAUAUGGUCUCCUUAACACAACCACUACAAAUAAAUUAUAAUGAUGAUCGUCCAUCACCACCACUACCACCUAUCCAUAGUCAAUAUUAUAAUCCAAACUAUUAUGGACCUCCAAAACAACCCAGUAUGAUGUGGCCUAAUAGGAUGGUGCGGACUCCAAAUCAACAAAACGUAAUAAACAACUACGACGAUACAAGUUAUUUAAUGGAUAGUUCGCUAUCUGUGGCAAAUACAGCUGGACAACGUCCUAGUAAACAAAACCCUUUCCCGUCCAUAACCAAAGAAAAUAUUGACAAAUACCGUGAUAAAGCUAAGAAUAGCAAUGAUCCUCAAGCCAUUCUUGAUUUAGCCAAGUUUUUAUUAGAAGCUGCGAAUCAAUUAGGAGAACAACAACAACAACAACAACAACAACAACAACAACAACAACAACAACAACAGUCAGAUAAACAAAAUGUUAAGAAAGCACGAGAUGCAAUGAUUUUAGAAGCACAGAAGUUGAUUAAAAAAUUAGCAGCUCAUUCGGGAAUGGGAAAACAGGGUUAUGCAGAGGCACAGUUCUUCUUGGCCAAUUGCUACGGCUCAGGUACUAUGGGUCUAAACCAGGAUAGCGAAAAGGCCUUUGCAUUGUACGUUCAAGGGUCUAAACAGAGUCAUCCAGGUUGCACAUUUCGAGCCGCUGUAUGUUAUGAGGUAGGUGUAGGUACAAAACGGGAUAAGAACCAUGCAAUUCAGUUUUAUCGAAAGGCAGCUAAUCUGGGAAAUCAAGUGGCAAUGUAUAAGUUGGGUAUAAUUUUGUUAAAGGGCCAUUUGGGGCUACCAAAGGCGCCACGUGAAGGCAUCUCUUGGUUGAAAAGAGCAGCUCAACAAGCAGAUCAAGAUCAUCCACAUGCUUUACAUGAGUUGGGGCUGGCCUACGAAAAGGAAGGUAUACCAUCCGUUAUACCUGAUCCAAAUUAUUCUCGUGAACUAUUUACACAGGCAGCUCAGUAUGGUUACGCUCCCUCUCAAUAUAAACUAGGAUGGGCUUAUGAAAAUGGUUACCUAAAUUGUCCUAUCGAUCCACGUCGCUCUAUUGCAUGGUAUUCAAGAGCUGCUGAGCAAGGUAAUAUAGAAGCUGAAUUUGCACUCUCGGGUUGGUACUUGACAGGUGCUGAUGGUAUUUUGCCUCAAAAUGAUACAGAGGCUUACCUAUGGGCUCGUAAAGCAGCUGAUAAAGGUAGUGCCAAAGCCGAAUAUGCAGUGGGUUAUUAUACGGAAACUGGUACAGGGACAAGACAGAGUUUAGAGGAAGCAAAGCGUUGGUACAUGCGAGCUGCUGCUCAAAAUUAUCGUAGAGCUAUGCAACGUUUGACUGAAUUAAAAUACAGUGGUGCCAAACCUCAUCAAAGACGUCAAUAUACUCGUGACGAUCAUAAUACCGCUGCCCAUUCAAAGGACUCUGAGUGUACAAUUAUGUAAAAUAGAUGACUUUACUCUGUAAUACAUGAUAAAAAGAAUCCAGAAUAAUACAAUAACAGUAGAGAUGUUUCUUUUUAUACAUGUAUAUAUUAGAAAAUAAAAUGAUAAAAUAAAUAAGUGUAUAUAUGAUGCAUACAGUUAAACUAUAUUAUUAUAUCUCAUUAUAGAUAAACAGUAAGAGUAAUGAAAAGAGAAGGGUAUAAUCUAUAUAAAGCUCUCUUUUUUUUUUUUUUCUUUUUUUU